AUGCUUGGCGAUCAGGUGCACUACACAGAUAUGGAAGGGCUCCUUACUAUGGCGAGAACAUCCGAAGGUCUCAGUCUUCUUGAGGAAAAUGCAUGUGCCUGGAUGAAGAAGAUAGCGCAAGAAGUGAAGGCGGUUGAACUGAUUCGCGUUGAGCGGGAACAGACGGGCCCCCAUGGCGAAUUUAAGUUCUGGAAAUGCCAAAUGACUCGAAUGAAUUCCCUGGUGGAAGAGCUUGCCCGGCCAGAUAUCAUCAAUGUUUUGGCUAUCCUGUCGAUGGUGGAGUCAAAUGUCACCCCGACGUGGGCGAAGUUGGACAAGAAAGUGAAGGCAGCCUAUGCGGAAGCAAUGGGAAAUGUGAAAUACUUGAGCACAAUAGAGCGUCUUUGUCAACCGCUCGGUCUAACUGACCUGAAAACCAUGAUCUCGCGGAUGCCAAACCUUAUGAAGGCGUUGAGCUUGAUCUACCAGUGCUCCACUUUCUACAAUACCUACUCUCACAUGACGGUCCUACUUGUAAAAAUCACCAACCAGAUCAUCGAGACAUGCAAAAGGUACCUAACCAACAACCACACAAAGUCCAUCUGGGAUCAGGACAGUUCUGAGAUCAUAAAGCGGAUGACAGAGUGCAUCGAAAUCAACCUUGCCUACCAGAACGCCUACAGAGAAACGAGAAAGAGCAUGCUUGAGUCUAAUGCCAAGCGGGUAUUCAACUUCUCCGAGGUCCAAAUCUUCGGCAACAUGAAUUUGUUCACCCAGCGUCUCGACUAUCUCACACGCGUUUUAAAGACCCUGGAACAGUACUCUGUCCUCCGCACUUUUGUCCUUGAAGGUGAGUGUACAGUCCUUCUCAUUAUGAGUUCUUCUUCGGUUCCAUAA